ACUGUCGCAGUCGCUGAGUGACCGGAGCCGCCGUUAUGUCCCAAGCCGGUGUCGAGCGGCUCCUGAAGGGGCUCCAGAUAUUGGUGCUCGUGCUGCGGCUCAGCGCCGGGUACUUCCCGGAAGAACGAUGGAACCCGGAGUCUCCGUUCCGCAGUCCGACCGUCCUGAUCGCCGUGUUGGCCAGAAACUCCGAGGGUUCCCUUCCAGAGGUGCUGGGAGCGCUGGACAGGCUGCACUACCCGAAGGAGCGGAUCUCUUUAUGGGUUGCCACAGAUCAUAAUUUUGACAAUACGAGUCAGAUCUUGCGGGAAUGGCUGAUCAAUGUGCAGAAUCAGUACCACCAUGUGGAGUGGAGACCGCAGGAGCACCCAAGGUGGUUCAGGGACGAGGAAAGCCCCAAGCACUGGUCCCAUUCUCGGUACGAGUACGUCAUGAAGCUACGGCAGGCGGCGCUAACCUCUGCCCGAGAGAUGUGGGCCGAUUACAUUUUUUUUCUGGAUGCAGAUAACCUCCUAACAAACUCCGAGACUCUGAAUCUUCUCAUAGCAGAGAACAAGACUGUGGUGGCCCCCAUGCUGGAGUCCAGGGCAGCGUAUUCUAAUUUCUGGUGUGGCAUGACAACCCAGGGCUAUUACCGGCGCACUCCCGCCUACAUGCCAAUCCGCCGUAGAGAGCGCCAGGGUUGCUUUCCCGUCCCCAUGGUUCACUCUACCUUUCUGAUAGACCUUCGUAAGGAGGCUUCCCAGCAGCUGGACUUCUACCCGCCUCACGCCGACUACACAUGGGCAUUCGAUGACAUCAUCGUAUUUGCAUUUUCCUGCAGGCAAGCAGAAGUACAGAUGUUUCUUUGUAAUAAAGAGAUCUAUGGCUAUUUGCCAGUCCCUCUCCGUUCUCACAGCACUCUCUUGGAUGAGACGGACAACUUCCUUCACACCAAGCUGGAAGCCAUGGUGAAGGGCCCGCAGGUUCAUCCAUCAAGCUUUGUAACCAUACCUAAAAAAGUCCCAGACAAGAUGUCUUUUGAUGAGGUCUUCCUCAUUAACCUGAAGCAUCGGCAAGACAGGAGGGAGCGUAUGAAGAGAACACUGUACGAGCUCCAGAUAGACUUUAAGCUGGUGGAUGCCGUGUAUGGAAAGAUGCUAAAUCAAUCCAAUGUCACCGAAAUGGGCAUAAAGAUGCUCCCUGGCUACAAAGACCCGUACCAUGGGCGCCCUCUGACUCGCGGAGAGAUGGGAUGUUUUCUCAGUCACUACAACAUCUGGAAGGAGAUCUCCGAACGCAAUCUGGAGGUUUCGGCAGUGUUGGAGGACGACCUUAGGUUUGAGAUCUUCUUUAAGCGGCGGCUGCAGACGCUCCUGCAUGAUCUUGAAAUAGCCAAACUGGACUGGGACCUCAUUUACCUGGGCAGGAAGAGAAUGCAGGUUGAUGAACCAGAAGAGCCUGUGCCAGGGGUCCGUAAUUUGGUGGUAUCGGAUUAUUCCUAUUGGACCCUCGGAUAUCUGAUCUCCUUGCGUGGGGCAAGAAAGCUCUUGAAUGCCGAACCUCUUGGGAAGAUGCUGCCUGUAGACGAGUUCCUGCCAGUCAUGUAUGACAAGCACCCCAUCUCUGACUAUUCCUCGCAUUUCUCCACGCGAGACCUUCGGGCCUUCUCGGUGGAGCCUCUCCUUCUGUAUCCCACCCACUACACUGGAGACAAGGGCUACAUUAGUGACACAGAGACCUCGGUACUGUGGGAUAAUGUGACGCAACCCACUGACUGGGACAGAGCAAAGUCUCGCAAGACCCAUCAACAGGAAAAGCUGCGCAGCGAGGCGCUAAAUACCCCCUCCAUGGGCUCCCCUUUUGAUAACACUGCCCGGGAUGAAUUAUGACCGCAAAGCGAGGGACGUGCCAGCUCGCUUAUAGGAGAACCAGAGGAUCAUGGACUGGAAAGGCAUGGAAUCUGCCACCCACCUUCUACACCUACACACACUGUCAGACACACUAACCUAGUGCAAGAUCUCCGCUGACAAUUGAGCAGCCUGACCGCAAGACAGACAGGGUGCUUGAUUAAUUGUUAUAAUUAAUAAUAUAUUUGGAUGAACAAAGGGGACAACUCGAAUGGCAGCUUAGCCUUCUGUAGACAGAAGACACAAAGAAACUAAACCAAAGAAACCAAACCAAACAGUUCUUUUAAGAUGAUACCGCGGUUCAUGACCUACUGCCACAUUACUAACCUUUUGCUUUAAUGUCUUUUAUUGACAUCAAACUCUUUAUCUGAAUUAUGGUUAGCAGUUUGUUUAUUAUGGAGAUUGGCCAACAUAUGAAGCAUAUAAUGUUUACAACCAGAAUAGCAAUUGCUUCCUUUGGAAAACAAACAGGUUUGGGACCUGUUAGCUAGAAUUCUCAGGUCCUGAGGUUUUCCCGAUAAGAGUCUUUUGCAUCUCCACGGGUUAACUCUAAUAAAAAAAUAAUUAACACAUCUAUUAAACCAAUAGGAUUGUUUGGCCUCCUGUAAGAAUUAAAGGAAAAGUAUACCCCUUAAACAAUGUAGGUCUCUAUAAAAAGAUAUUGCAUAAAACCGCUUAUAUGUAAAACCCUGCUUUGUGUAAAUAAACCAUUUUCUUAA